UAGUGCUGCACCGGCAUUUUACGACUCGUAAAAAACCAUAGCAAAUUCCACGUAAGAUUUACAGAAAACGGAGACCGCCUGAAAUUAGGAGAUUAAUUAAGAGUAGCAAUAAUCACAGAUAAAAUGCAAGGCUUGGGACUGAGCCAAAUGGUGCUAAUACCGGUUGUAGUGGCCUUACUAUUCCUGAAUGCAAUUUCUGCUAGUGAAGUUCCACGUCCUUUGGGAGUUUCACUGGCCAAGGCUUCACUGUACCAUCCGCAGCCUGGAGACAAUAGCUGGACUUGCUUAGAUGGCAGCCGGACCAUUCCCUUCUCACAAAUCAACGACGACUACUGCGAUUGUGCGGACGGAAGCGAUGAACCAGGUACCUCCGCUUGUCGAAAUGGUCAGUUCCAUUGCUUGAACAAGGGCCACCAGCCUCUGGAUAUACCCAGCUCCCGGGUGCAGGACGGUAUCUGUGACUGCUGCGACGGCAGCGAUGAGUCACAGGUGGUUGGAUGCCCAAAUACAUGCCUGGAACUUGGAGCAGCGGCUGCUGUCCAAAGACGAAAUACGGCCGAGCUACACAAACGAGGAGCGGAACGACGCCAGGAGAUGAUAACCCGCGGCAAGCAGAUGAAGGCUGAAAGGGAAUCUCGUCGACUUGAGCUAGACCAACGACGCAAGGAACAGGAGAUCCUGCGCUCCGAAAAGGAGCAACUUAAGAAAAACGCCGAGGCUCUAGAAUCGGAGGCCAUUGAAAUCUUUAGGGAACAGCAACGGGAGUUGGACGCAGAGACUGCACAGGCGGAGCAAGAGCCACAACAGAUGCGCCAUGAGGCUUCUCUCAGCUUCACACGCUUUGACACUAACAAGGAUGGCUUCGUUGAGGUCACCGAAUUAAUGGUGGACAUGAACCUGGAUAGAGAUCGCAACGGUGUGGUUACUGUGGAGGAGGCCAAAUAUUUCCUAGAUGAGCGCGAGCGUGUAGAUUUGGAUGCGUUCGUCACUCUAGCUUGGCCAAAAAUAAAACCCCUGGCUAUGCUGGCCGACGGUCUAUUCCAGCCGCCACAGCCGGAGGAAAUUGUCCCAGAACCAAAAGUUGAACAGGCGGAGCCUUCCACUGAAGCUAUCGAGCCAACACCGCCACAGCUAAGCGGAGAACAAGCUGAUCUCGCUGGUGAGGAAGAUAUCGAAGCUGACGAAGAGGGCGAAGAAGAUCAAUACGACGACGAGGAACCCGAUGUGGGCGUAGGCGAGGCUUCUCCGGAUGUAGAGGACGUGCCACCUCCAAAUUACGACCCUGAAACGCAGCGCUUGAUCCAACAAGCCAACGAGGCCCGAAAUGCUCUCGAGGAAGUUGAACGCAGUCUGCGCGAGAUUGAGCAGGAGGUUAAGGAAAUUGACGACCAGAAUAGCAAGGGUUACGGUCUGACCGAGGAGUGGGCUGUGCAUGACGGUCAGUGCUACAACUUUGAGGAUCGGGAGUAUGUCUACACCCUGUGCCCCUUCGAUCGUGCUUCUCAGAAGUCACGAAGUGGAGGACCCGAAACAACACUGGGUCGUUGGGAUAAAUGGAUUGGAGAGCCUAAGAAGUAUUCGCAGCAAAAGUACAGCAACGGAGCCGGCUGUUGGAAUGGUCCGAGUCGUUCAGCCAUUAUAAACAUAAGUUGCGCUCUGGAACCCAAGAUCACUGCCGUCAGCGAACCAAAUCGCUGUGAAUAUUACUUUGAGUUCGAGACACCCGCCGCCUGCGAUAGCGAAGCUUUCCAGGCAGAGUCAGAAAACCUACACGACGAACUCUGAAAACAUCAAUCAAUCAAGGAUGAGCCGAAGAAAAAUGUGUGUGCUAGGCAUACGAAGAUGAGAGAUUUGGGGAUUGUAUUUUAGUCUUAAAGGAGAAUAUUAAUUUUUGUCGAGAUCAUUCCCAAACUGCAGCAGGAAAAUCAUCAAGAAGAAUUGUAGCAAAUUAAUUCAGUGUAUGCAUUUAAGCAAAAAGUACAUGAAGUUUCAUUCUGAAUAAACACCUAGUAUUUAAAAAAAAAUAUAUAGAAGAGCAUAUUGAUUGUCCAAGCGAAUGAAAGUUCUGGUAUGUGUUUUAGUAAAUGUCAUACUUUUGUUAAAGACAUUCCUAAAUUUGUGGAACAAGUAUUAAUAUGCUAGAAUCAUUCUGUUACCCGAUAUUAUUGUUUUAAAGCACAAAAAAUUUUGAAAUUGUAAUGAAAAAAACGUAUAGAUAAAUGGUAAAUGAAUGGCGACAAUGUUGAUCCUACAAUCUUCUCUAUAAGCAGGAAUUAAACUGAAAUUUGCAAUUCAUUUUGAAUAAAGUAUCAAUGUUUC